UAUAAUAAAUAUUUAUUUUUUUUAAUUUCCGCAGGUUAAUUGAAGAUGAAGUUAAUUGGUGAUGAUUGAUCGCUUCAUAUGUGGUUUCUUGGCUUUUCUUAUAUUCUGUAUAAUGCUUAAUAUAAUUGGAAUAUUUUUUCUUUACGUGAAAUACUUCAUAUGAGAUCCUGUCAAGCUGCUGGCACUGAAUUUACUUGACAUCUAAGUAAGUACAAUAUUUAAAUGACCAUACAGUAUUGAUUAAUAUGUUACAUGUUGUAUAAAAAUCUCGCACCUUGUCAGGUAGAUGUGUUGUAGAAAGGCUGUCCCAAAGCUGUUAUUAUGCUGCCAGAAAGUUGUGAUUGUGAACUAGGUAUUGAAAUGCAGGAUGAUAACAAGUUUUAAAACAACGACAAGUUCGUUAAUUGAGAUAUACCAAUCUUACGGCCAACAAUACAUGUAACAUAACCUGCAAUCUGCCGCACGAUGGUCAUAAAGUCACUAGCCUUGUUAAGCUUGUCCACGUGCCAAAUCAUGCUGCAUCAAUGUGAUAAAUAGCAUGCACUUCUGCAUGUAUAGUACAUGUGUGUAAGACGUGCCUGCAUGGUCCCCUUCAAUCAGUUGCUUGUGGACAUUGCAGUGCUGCCAUUCUAAUGGUCCGCACACACUAGUGACAAAUCGCUACAACACGUCGCAGAGACAAAUUUCUUCGUGUGAACAGGAUAAUUUUAGUGAAAAUUUUGGCGCCGUAACAGAAUUUUUGUCGCCGCAACAUGUCGCAUGAAUUCGAACUGGUUUGUUGUAUCUGCGAAGCAGAUAUAUAUGCUAUCGCAAACGUGACCGUACCGUACCGUAUGUUAGCACAUAGCCAUUCAGCGACGAGCUUAUAUAAUUUAAGCCAAUUUAAGCCAAUCAGCGAUCAGUUUACAUCAAUUGUUUACGUCGUGCCCGCAUCUAACCUGCGAAUGGGCGUACUUUGGCCUCGUGCAGUCUUGUUAUUCUUUCAAAAAUAUCUUGAUAUUUUUAUCAAUUUAUUUUAUCCCGAAGUUAUUUAUCAACAUGGAAUCUUAUCCUCAUCUAGUAAGUAGUCAAAUACCACAUAUUAUAUAUUUAAAUACCAAAUUUGUGCAAAUAUAUAUCCCACAUAUUUAAUACAUGAGUUCGGCAAAUUACUUAUACUAUCUAUAGUUAAUAUUGCCGUAUCUUCGGCGUAGAGUUUACAUGGAAUGCACUCUGAAAUUUUUUAUUAAUAUAUUACACUGUAUAAAAUAUUGGAUAUUUUCGAGGAUAUUUUAAGCCAUUUGUCAACAUAGUUCACAAAAAGAUUUAUACAGUCAGUAUUAAAAACAAUCCUUCUGUGACUUCUGUAAUAUUUUAAACAGUGAAAACAUAGCAGGCAAUAUUGCCAAUGAACAAUAUCAAAGGAAACUAUUGGACAGUUCUCAGGAGAUAUUGAAUUAAAUCCUGGUCUGUAUUUCUGCAUAUUGACUCUGUAACACUGUUCAAAACAACAGUCCAACUAUAAAGCUGUCAGCAAAUGUAGUGUUAUAGAGCAAAGGUUGAAGACGUUAUCAGUUAAAAUACUUAUACAUUUUGGUUUUACACAUUAGAGUUAAUUAACAAAAUUUUUACAAACAUUUUCAAAUGCUAAUAAAAGAAUCCUGAGCCUCUUUUCAUUCUAACAUAAAUGUUUUUGUUUAGAGGUUAAUACAAGAAUGAAGAAUAAAUGUACUGGAUAUUGGCUGGAUAAUUUUGUCAGAACAACCCACUUGCAAGACAAUCUUACUCCUAAAUUUAUUAGAAUGGAAAAUAACUUAACAGCUACAAUGAAUAAUCAUAUAAUUAUUAUAUGGAUGGAUUUGAUCAAUGGUACACAAUGUACAAAACUAAACUCGUGACACCUUCUACUCAAACCGAUAAUCUCCCACAACACAAUUGUUUUUGUGUGAAUGUGCUGUACGUGUUAAACCGAACAGUGUGGUAUAUCAUUAACUGUGCACAAAACUGGAAUUGAAUUAUAUACUUCACUCAUGACCUUCCAGACAUUCUCAAUUAUUCAAUGGUCUUCGACAUGUUCACCAAAUAUUUUGUGUAUGUUACUCAACAGUUAACUUUUGCUUCAUAUGAUUACAAUAAAGUUUUGAAAAUUUGAUGAGUAUGGAUUGAAUUGACAGGUGACAGUUUACUAAAUAGCCGGCUCUAUAGACACUUUGAAUAUUGUUUGCAUGAAAUUUUUUUUCCUGACUGCAUAAUUAUCUGUUACAAUCAUAAUCACAUUUUAAAAUUAGUUAAAUUUUCUCGGUGCGGGGGUAGGGGGCACUUGACGUGCCGCCCUCCCCGCUGUGUACAGCCCUGUUUUAAAUCGUAUCUGCUCUUAUAAUAAGUGAUGAAAUAUUUCAAUUGUCCCAUGUCAUCAAGAAAAUACAAAAUGUGAAUCAACUUUUUUCGCAACCUCGCAAGCCAGGGUCUUUUACCUGCGCUCGGGCUCUUCGCCGGAGCCCGAGCGCAGGUAAAGACCCUGGCUUGCGAGGUUGGUUUUUUCGCAGAUACAUGUACGCGUCGCGUACCUAUUUUUAUCAUGGCAACGACAUCGUGGCAACAAAAUACAAAUGAACGUACAGCAUUUUCUCUUGACGUUUUUGUGCUCUUCGUUAUCCAGCAACAUUAAAAGAACAAACACCUUCUUUUUCUUUAAGCUAGAUGGCAUUUACUGUAGUUUCUUGCCCGCUAUAUUUAACUAGUUUACAAUUUCCCUCAUUCGAAACACAUCACGGCCACAGAAUGUUGCAGCGGUUUGUUUCGAGAAGUAAUUCAGACGAGGCGAUUUAUCGCCGCAAUGAGCUCAUGUGCGCACGAAACGAUUUGUUGCAGCGACGUGUUGCAGUGAUUUGUCGCCCAGUACCUUAAUGCCUCGUGUGCUGCAUGCGCGAUACAAUUAGCUAAAGCAAUCGGCGAAUAAGAUGCUGCAUAAGCAACCCUCGAAAUUCGCCUCGGCACUCGGCAAUUGCCGACGCAAAUGCCGAGGCAAGUUACGAUUUUUCAUAGUUUGCCACGGCAAAAAAAUGCCGAGGCAAUUCCACCCGUUGUACCUUAAAUUACAAACUACAGCGUCUGUUCGUGUUUUUUUUUUUGCUUAAAUUUACAAACUACAGUGUUCGUUUUUUGCAUCACUUCUUUGUUCGAAUUGUUGUCAUCGACGUCGGGUGAACAACAGAAGAUUUUAUUCAUAGCUACUUUACAAAACACCUAAAUUUGAGCUUUUCAGCGUCGGCUUCGGCUAAAAUAAAGAACAAUCUUGAUGGUUUAAAGACGGCACGUUGAGAAACUUUGUUUUAUCUUUUAGACUGUCGCGUGAUUACCGUCAAGUUUAUUCUUUUAUACAAUUUGUCAAUUUGUUGUUAAUUACCACUAUAAACUUUUUAAAAACAUUUUGAAUCAGGAACUGCCGACGUGAAUGCCGAAGGGUGCCGAAGUAAUUGCCGAAGGAAUUUAAGGUGAUUUCAUUGCGUGCCUCGGCAAAAAAAAAAUGCCGAGGCAAACUCGAAAAUUAUCAAAAGACUUCAGCAAUUAUUUGCCGAGGCAAAAAUAGUUGAAUUUCGAGGGUUGAUAAGUAUACAAACUUGCCAUACCCUUGACCUUGUUGUGUGAUUUUACCGCUUCAGAUUUAUUUUACACGUUUCUGGGAUAAUAUCCGUCAAAAUGCUUCAACAAAUCUUAAAAGACAUGUAUAUAGACCCGGAGCUUCUGACUGAGCUCUCUGAAGAACAAAAGCAGGUGUUGUUUAUUAAAAUGAGAGAAGAGCAAGUUCGAAGGUGGAAAGAACAUGAAGCUGAACUGGAAAAGAAAGAGAAUGUUAUAAAUUUGACGAAGAAAAAACUCCGAAACAGUAUGUGUUUAGGGCGCUUAAUAAGCAAGCGACGUUUUUGUCAACAUGCACAGAUGUCUGAUUGCAGAUGGGGGACUGUGUUCGUGGCAGUUUCUGAUAAUCUUUUACACACAACAAAACAUAAGAUUUUUAUAGGUUCUGCUUCCUUACAAAAGCGAUUUGAUGCAAAAUGCAGCCAAAAUUAGUUAUACCAUGCCAACUUUUGGGUGACGUCCAUGUUGACAAAAACAUUGCUUGCUUAAGCUCACUAUUAUUUAUUUGAAACGCAAGUCGUACCAGUAAAUCUGCUGCCAACGACACCUGCUUCAUUGAGGUUAAAUGCUAUUCGUUGACAAGAUCACCAUAUCUCCUACAUAUAUCUUUUAAUAACAACCAAUAGGCUUACUUCAAAAUGUUUCAAUUCAGUCUAUAUCAAGUAAUUAUAGUUUCUAAUAAAGGUCUGCGAAUCCGAUCGGAUUCGGACAGUAAUUUACUCGGAUCAGAUUGGAUCGGAUUUCUUUUUUUUUUGUUGUUGGAUCGGAUCGGAUUUUGUAGGUUUUUGUCGAAUUGGAUCGGAUUUGGGUUUUUUUCCUGUAUUGCGUCGAAUUACUCGAAUAUUUUAAUAAAUUAAGAUAGUUCUGUGAUAUCUAUAUGGCAGGAAGUGCCUGGAAGGCUUUGCAGCCGAAUAAGCCGAGUGAUUUGGUCGAAGCGGAGUAAUACUAUAUUUUGCCGGGUGCUGACAGUAAAGUAUACUGAAAAAGUGUUUUGAGUUUUUUUACGUAUAUUUCUGACAAACGAAACACAGCUGGAAUUGGGAUACAGGAAUGUUGUGAUUCUUUGUUUAGUUUGUUAGCUUUAUGUGUCAUCAGCACAGCUGACAAUGAGAUUUAUUAGACAAAGUUAUAAACUUUAAGAUGUCCUAAAAUGUAUACCCAGCUCAAGCUCAUGCAUUGUUAUAAUAACUAGACUACGCUAAUUCUAAUCGGAAUAAACUGCUGUUAACGUGUAAAUGCCCUAAGGCAUAUAAAUUAUGUGAUGUCGCCCUGCAUUCUUUAUCGGAUUCGUAUAUCUGCUUAUUUUGCUGGAAAAUCAUUAUUUCCAAUACAGUAUAUCGUUUACGAUCAUGAAAAAAUACGUUCACACACGGAAUAAUUAACGCACGCUGUAUAUAAUAACUUAAGAUCGGAUCGGAUUGCGAAUUUAGCAUCGGAUCGGAUCGGAUUUUAUAAACAUUUUUAUCGGAUCGGAUUGCUUUUUUCAUCUUCGGAUCGGACCGGAUUCGGAUUGAGAACUUAGACAAACCAUCGGAUUGAAAGAGGUCAAUCCCAUCCGACGCACACCUCUAGUUUCUAAUAUCAAGAAAGUAUUUUUUCAAAGUAAAUUCAAUGUUUCGCCGUUCAGGGUACUUCAGCUGCCCGAACUGAGACAUCGGCAAUCGCUGGUAGUCAUUUGGUAUUUAACCCAUUAAGUUGCAUUGGUCACCAAUGUGCCAUACUGUACGUACUUUAUUAUUUUACUCUGUCUAACGCCAGAAUAUUGUACUCUGUCUAACGCCAGACGAUUGUACUCUGUCUAACGCCAGACGAUUUUACUCGUCAAGGGGAAGGAGUUGGCGCUCAGUAGAUUAUUUAGACUAUCUGCCAAUGUGUCUAGUUGACCCAUUAAUUUGCAUCGUGUCCUAAUGCGCCCUACUUUAUUAUUUUACUCGUCCAGAGUGCUGGUGCUCAAUGACUUGAGACACAGUAAUUGUCCUAUAUAGGGUUGCAUGUUCAACAAAGCUUAACGCAAAUUAAUAAUAUUUUUUCAAGAGAAAGGAACAAACGUGAAUUAUUUGAUGGGUGCAGACGGUAAUCCAUGGACGUGGGUGUUAGGAGAAAGUGAUGAAGAUGCGUCCGAGGACGAAAAAGAGAGAAGUAAGAGUUUUGUUACACGAAGAGCCAGAAAUGUGGCGCCAAAAAUGUUUUCAAAAUGCUAAAGGUUAAAAUGUCCUUUUUCAUGCCUUUGCAUAUGAUAGGGAUAUGUUGGAUCCGGACACCGGGAGCCGAUAUCCGGCAUAAUUAUAGACAUCCAGCACUAUCCGGUAUGUGACAUUUACCGGAUAUUACUGGAAGUUUUAUUACUGUAUAACCGCAAAACCGUCUGUUUUUGCGGUAUUGUGAACUACAGGUAUCUGGUCUACCAGUGGCGUAGCCAGCCCGACAAUUUAGUCGCGCUAUGCCAAUUCAAAAUUAUUAUCAUUAUUCAUUUCUUUAGAAAUGGAUUGUUUUCACAGUCAAUGGACACGAAAAUAUUUGCAUAGCGGGACUAAAUCGUCGGGCUGGCUGCGUAGCCAGGGACGGCAACGCGACGGCAACGGCUACCAAUACAAUAGAUCAUUGAAAGGAAUUGUGUAAUUACAAUAUAUGAAUAAUUUAGACAUUGUCCUCGCUCUGUUUACAACGCUAAAUCACAGAUUUUCACGUCUUGAUACAACGGCUGCAUUCCAAGCCACAACAAGUGCAAAUUCAAACUGGGUUUAGCAGAACUCUUCCCAACCAUAAAACCCAUGUCUUAAACUUCUAAGACUGUAUUAAAUUGAUACGAUUGAUAAUAUACGAAGAACUAUCUUUACUACCAUUUAUUUGAAGGAGUUUGUUUUGGCCGUCGCUGUCGCGUUGCCGUCCUAAACUCGUAAGGUCUCUAAUGUCCAGUAGACCACGCUACUGGACAUUAUAACGAAAUUACAGUUUCUUUGUGAUGCAAACUGCUCUCUGCUAUAUAUUGUCUGACCGUUCUUGUGCUAUAUACUAAACAGACAAUGGAUUAUUUUAAAACAAAACGUCAGUGACGUAUUGUCCAAUUAUCAGGUAGUGAUUAAACAUCUAAAAUAUAAUAAAAGGACGUAUUUCGCGAUUAACAUUCCCAAACUAUAGGGUUUUUAAAAAUUUAGGCUUCUUUGUUCAUGCAGUUAUACCUACAGUAGGUCACAGCCCUUACAGGCCUCGAAAUAAAUGCCGGUCACCGGUCAUUGUAAGGUAAAUUUUUCAGUUUAUAUUUUUUAGGCAAAUGUUUAAUAUUAUUACGCAUUACUAAUACAAUCUCUGUUUUGAUUGGCUGCUGGCCUACGGAUAAUUCGUGAUGUCGUAUAAUUCUGACGUCACAACUGCAGACAACGGUUAUCUACAUGUAGAUAUGACGUCAGUCAGCUUGUUUACAGUAAACACGAAGAAAGAAUAAACAUGGCGAAUUCUUCAAGGAGAUUCGCCACGGUAACUGAGAACGAUUUACGAAAGCUAUUGGACGAAAAGGAAGCGGUAAACACUAAACGAGCUACGAAGAUAGCUGUGAAAGUUUUACCGAGUAUAUAAUAGAAAAAAAGAUAAGCGAACUCAAGACAAAGAGUCAAUUGCGAAAGUCCUUGCGCAAUGUACACCGAAGUUCGAAAGGAAGAAAUUGUACUGACGUUGUUUCUCGCUUUGAUUUGUUUAUAUCACUGCAUGAGUAAAACCGUUGAAUGUUCUAGACAUCACUAAACGUUAUUAAAAUGUUUCUAAAAUUAUUUACAAAGAAUCGUGUCUGGCUUGGCUUCUUUGCCUUGAUUAGUUAUAGUAUUUUCCUUAGUCAUUCUUAUGCGUAAUAAAAUAAUUAUUGGACUCGAUUUUCGCUAGUCUGCGUGGAGGCUAGCGACAUUCUCGCUAUCACGCGAAAAUAAUUCUCGAUAUUACGCGAACAUAAUUCUCGAUAUUACGCGAACAUAAUUCUCGAUAUCAUGCGAAGAUAAUUCUCGAUAUCACGCGAAAAUAAUUCUCGAUAUCACGCACACGAAAAUAAUUCUCGAUAUCACGCAAAAAUCUAGCCUGCGUGGCAGGCCCUCAAUUUUAUGUGGGGCCUGAUUUGCAGCGGGCAGGCCAAAAUCCUGCCCGCUGCAGAUCAGGCCCCCCAUAAAAUUGAGGGCCUGCCACGCAGGCUAGAUUUUCGCGUGAUAUCGAGAAUUAUCAAGGCCUCGGUUUGUGUUAUCCGGCUUCGGCAUAUAACACAAACCUCGGCCUUGAUAAUUCUCCAUAUCACGCUCAACCUCAUCCAAUAAUUAUUUAUUAUCGCUUACCGAACACGAAUGACCGGUAAAACCUUUUAUUAUAUACAUGAAAAAAUUACUGCAUUUUGACUGGUUAAGAGGAGUGCAAUUAUUUCAUUAAUAUUUAUCUUCUGUAAUCAGUGGCAAAUACUGCAAUUUCAUUGGUUUACAGGAGUGCGAUUUGAGCAUUAAUCGCACCUUUUCUGAGCUGUAAUCGCACCCUUGUCUACAGCCAAUGAAAAUCAGUCUAGUAUUUACAACUAGCCAAUCAGCAUUCAGGAUACAAACUUUGAAUUUUAUUUUCUUUAUUGCUGUAAAAAUUCUCAAAAUGGAGGAAUUCACAAAUUUUAAAAUUUCAAAAUUUAAAAUUCACGAAUUGUAUUAAUUAAUAAGUAAUAGAACGAAUUAAGUCGUGCUAUUAAUGCCAUAAUCAUACUCGUGAUUGAGACAUGAUUAUGGCAUUAAUAGCACUCCUAUUCGUUCUAUUACCAUCAUUAAUUACGGAAUGCAAUUAAUGAUUUUCUCCAGGAGUGCAAUUAAUGAUUUUCGUGAUGGCUGGGGGGAGUGGGAAAUCAAAACAACAAAAAUCCAAUAUGGCGGCGAAAUUUAUCUUGUAUAAACAAACAAACGUUGACGAAUUUAACUAAAUUUUGGCACAAGAAUUAGUCGGCGACUCGUGUAAUUUUGGCACAUUUUUCAAAUAUCACUCGUAGUGUUAGUCAUUAAUUGCACUCCUUCCCGUGUGAUUACCUAUACUAACGGAAAAAAUGCAUACACGAGUGGAUUUUCGUAUACCAGUGCCAGUGAAGUGCCUUUUCGUUUUAUCAUGUAGGUUUACGGGCAUUGGAAGAUAAAGAAGUUGAGAAAAAAGCAAAAGAACUUGCGGAAAAAGAAGCAGCAGAAUUAAGAAAGAAAGAACUUGCUGCUAUUAAUCUGAGAACUAAGCAGCUUAAAAAUGAAGAGGAGAAACUGGAAAAAGAUUGUGCCGAAAAAGAGAAGCUGCUGAAAGCAAACAAACAGUUGGUGGAUCAAACAAAUGAGAAGGUACAUUGAGAUAUCGAAAAUCUAACCUGGAGUACUGUAUGUUAAAAUGUUAGUAUAAAAUGUUAGUUUACAAUUAUUCACCGAAGUGGACUGGUGAAUAGUGCAAGGAUAUUCACCGAAACGUGAAGCGUUGAGUAUUCAAUGAAAUGGAUUUCUGGUCACACCAUUUACAUGUCAAUCUGUAUUUUUUACAUUAUUCUUUAAGAAGUGGCUACCACAUGAUGGUAAUUAAUUCUUUAUUUAUAGCGACCACGAAAAUGUGACAAAAAUCUCAUAGUUUUUGUCACAUUUUCGUAGUCGCUAAAGUAAAAGUUAUUGCAAUUCAUUAUGCGUAGUAAUUCUUUCUAUCUUUACCAUUAGGCGAAAAAUAAAGUUGUACUAAAACUAGAUUUAAAUGAGCAACGGCAAUUGAAAAAUAGAAAUAACGUGAAAGAGACAGAACAAGCGGAUAAAAGAAAACUAGAACAACUAAGAGAAAGAAAACGAAAAGAAGAAGAACAAAGAGAAGCGGAUAAAAUAGAAAGGGAGAAAAAGGAGAAGGAAAGGAAGGGAAAAGAGGCAGCGGAUAAGAGAAAGCAAGAGGAACUAAGAAAGCAAAAUGAACUAAGGAAACAGGAUGAGCUAAGGAAACAGGACGAAUUAAAGAAACAGGACGAAUUAAGGAAGCAAGACGAGUUGAGAAAACAGGAUGAAAUAAGAAGGCAAGAUGAAUUAAGAAAACAAAGACAACAUGAAGAGAGGAAAAAACAAGAGGAAGAAAGACAAAAGCAAGAAUUAGCGAGGAAGGAAGCGGAAGAAAAACGUAUACAAGAGUUGGAGAGACAGAAAAAGGUGGAAGAAAUGAGAUUAGCAGAAUUGAAACGUCUGGAAGAAGAAGAAAACGAGAAAAAGAGGAUGAAAGAAAAGGAACUGAAGGAAAAACAAGAUCAACGAACUAAAGAAAUUUAUGAAAAGAUAAAAAAGGUAUAGUUGAGUCAAAUAUCAAAUACUAAUUAUACUUUGGUACCUUGCAGAACUGUUAGACACAUAAAAACAAAUAUCUUCUAUCUUUUCAUACAACGAUCGGGUAGUACAUGUACAAUGAAAACAGGUCACCUGUCACUGUAAACCUAGCCUGCGUGGCAGGCUCAAGGAAUAAAGAGAGCCUCGAUACCCGCCCACUAAUUACUAUGAUAAUUUAUUUCCAAUCCAACCAAUCAUAUUUUUUGAAAUCCAUGUGCGUGAUGCAGUGUGAGUAAUAACUAUAAAUAUACUUUAAUUUAUUACUAUUGUAGUUCAUAUAGAGUGGCUCGAGAAUUCAAACACUUUUAAACAAUUGGCAGUUUAAAUUACUUUGGGAGUAAAUAAAACAGACUUUACACCGGCGAUGUCGGUUUGGUACAUUUCGAUACAUUAGUAUGUGAUAGAAUUCACUAGAACAAAACAUUUUGACUUGAUACUGCAGUUUAGAUGUCGUUACUCAACAGACUAUUUUUACGUAUUAAUAAUGAACGGAACUCAAAAAUAUAUUUAUAUCAAAAGGAAGACAAUACCAUCUUAGGUCCAAACAUUACAAUAAAUUUCAAAAUCAUACAUAUUAUGACCAGCUAUGAGCGAAUAUAUGUUUCAAAAUUGCAGCGGCUCACGGCUGAACAGUAUAAACGUUUACAAAUUGACAAUAACAAACUCUUAAACUAUAAAAAUAUAUCUCAAUACAAGCUAAAUUGCACUGUAGUUUGUAGUCUGCUGUAAAACUCAUAAAAACCGAUAAAAGCAACGUUUGUAGAUCGAGUAGUAAGUUUCAUAAAUACAUAAAGCGACAUGUAUUUAAUAGGAUACAUAAUUUGUCAAAAUCAGUAUUUUCAAAUUGAUCGGGUAUAGCUACUGUAUUAUUUAGAGAAAUACCAACACGUGAAUGGGUUUGUAUCUAUGCUGUUCGACUUGUCAAGGCAGAUAUCCAAUGAGAAAACCUGCCAAAAGAUAUCAACGAUUUCCAGCUGUUCAGUUUUUAGUUUAAAACCCAAUUUCACAGCACUCUUUCAAAAUUUUACGCUAAUAUACGCUUUUAUUGAUAGCCAGGGC